CAAGUAAAUUAAAAAUAUCUUUUUGAACAUAGUUAUUUGUGAUACAUUUCAGAUAAUCUGAAGCUGAUAACAAUAUCAAAGGUUAAUGAUACGAGACAUGUUACGAGGCCUUCUCCAGUUUAAUCAGAUUGUUAUGACUCGAAAAGAAACAUUGUGGAAUUAAAAAAUAGAACAAAAAAUGUCUGAGCAUGUUGAAGGAAUUCGACGAAGGACAAGAAGUGUUACUAGAGCCGAAGAAAUAACAGCCGAGGAAAAUAAAGUGAGGAGAAAGCAACCAGACAAACCAUAUUACAAUAUGUAUUGGCCCCACCAAACUUUUAUGUCAUCUUUUACUUUGUUACAAUUUUUAUAUUAUGAAAUUGAAGCCAAGUACCAUGACGAUAAUAUGGACUGUGUUUUGAAAAUAAACAUUUUUGCAGAUUCAUGUGUUCCUGUAGUUUUGUGCCUUUUGACCGAAAAAGGUCUGGCAGCGGAAAUUAUACAAUCCAGUCUAGGUAUGACUGUCCACAUAACUAACUUAUUGGUACUAAUAUUGUUGCCUAUGAUAAUUAUACACAUCAAAGAUGGUUUCAGUUUAGUUGGAGCUUCAUGUGUGACCACCCUAUAUAGUAUUCUUUUUUUGAAAUUGUGGUCUUAUGUCCAAGUGAAUAUGUGGUGCCGAACAGCGAGACAAACUCACAAAUUAAGAAGACAAUCGUUGUCCUCUACCGAUUUGAAAAAAUGCAAAUCUAAUAAACUGGAACAAAACAAAGAAAAGAAGGAAUUGAAGAAGCUUGUACAGUACCCUGACAAUUUGAACCUUAAGGACCUCUACUACUUUCUGUGUGUGCCAACUUUGUGUUACGAACUCAAUUUCCCAAGAACUGAUCGUAUACGUAAGCGAUUCCUCAUGAAACGGAUAUUUGAGGUUUUGAUUGGGGUACAAAUUACAUUUUGUAUAAUUCAGCAAUACAUGAUACCGUCCGUCAAAAAUUCUCUUAUUCCCUUCAGCAACAUGGACUAUACUAGGGCAACGGAGAGAUUACUGAAAUUAGCUAUUCCAAACCACCUUGCCUGGCUCUGUAUGUUCUACGUUGUGUUCCACUCUUGGCUCAACCUGCUUGGAGAGAUAUUGCACUUUGCAGACAGGAGCUUCUACGAUGAUUGGUGGAACGCCAACAAUAUGGACACUUUCUGGCGCAAGUGGAACCUUCCGGUGCACAGAUGGGCGGUGAGGCAUCUGUACUUUCCGAUGAUAGAUAUGGGGUACAGCAAAUUCAUCGGUGGCGUGGCGGUAUUUUUUAUAAGUGCCUUCUUUCAUGAAUAUAUGGUAAGUGUUCCUCUGAAAACAUACAAAAUAUGGGCUUUCAUGGGCAUGAUGGGACAAAUUCCGCUCUCCUUUGUCUCUAAAUAUGUGGAGCGGACCUACGGAUUGAGGUUUGGAAAUUUGGUGUUCUGGUCAUCCAUAAUCUUAGGCCAACCCCUCUGUAUCAUGAUGUACUACCAUGACUAUAUCAUGGUGAGGUAUGGGGAGUCAUUGCUAGAAGACUAUUCACACGUAUGAAGAUUAUCGAUAAUAAUUGCAAAUUGUAUAAAUUGGUGAGAAAUGCGUUUUUUAUAUAUUUGUAUUUUUUCAGGUUAUAAGCGUUAAAGUUUAUAGGUGCAAUGUUUAUAUUUUUCUACCGAGAUAAAGUUAAUGAAAUUGUUACAUCACAUUUCUCUUUUUUCUUGUUAUCGUUAUAUUGAUAGUCUCGAAUUUUAUGCAGUUUCAUGUCUUCAGACUACUUACCAGGUGCUUUAAAAAAGUCAAAUGUCGUUUUUUUCUCUCUACAGAUGAAUUAUUUACAUAUUUGUGGAAAAUUUUACACUUGUUGGAGUAAAGCUAUUGUAGAUAUUUAUAAAUGUCCAUGUCGAAAGUGAAAUAUAUAUUUUGUCAAUUUUUUCAAA